AUGGAAGACCAAUUGGCCAAAGGGCCCCAGGCCAGGCUUCUAGCCUCGACGACGGACCAGGCUACCCACCGUGAUCGACCUCAUGAAGACCUCGCUCGUCCAGCGGACUCAUUCUUCAAGAGUGCUCAAUGGUCCGCAGAUGGCACCACCAUCUUCACCUCAUCUUCCGACAACGUAGUGAACAGCUAUGUGGUCCCAUCAGAUCUACUCCAACCGAGAGAAGACGGUCCAAUUCCGCUCCGGGCUCAGGGAUCGAUAUUGCUCCCCGAAUCCACCCAUGCGAUAGCACCAUGUCCCUACUUCUCUCUCUCUAACCCCUACACCCACGUCAUCCUAACCGGCGCAGUCGACCACCCCAUCCAGCUACACCAGGCAUUCCCUCCCACGUCGUCAGACUCCCCCUCCCCUUCACCCACGCCAGACCCUCACCACGGCCCCCCCAGCCCAGCUCACCGCCACCCCCAGCACCCCCAACCCCCACCAAUCGCAACCUACCCUCUAAUCCACCCGCCAACCGAAUCCUACCUCCCAGCCCUCUCCCUCCUCUGGCCCAGCCCAGGCACCCACUUCCUCGCCGGCACCAAGAACCUAAUCGCCUACUUCGACGCGACGCGCUCCGCCUCGGGCUCCGGCACCGCCGCCCCGCUCCUCCGCCUCCCCACCAUCCCCUCGACCCGCCACCGCGCCAAGGGCGGCGGCGUCGGCAUGCGCGGCGCCGUCUCCGCCCUGGCCGCGCACCCGGACCCGGGCCCCGCCGCCGGCCGCCUCGUCGCCGCGGGGACGUGGACCCGCUGGCUCGGCCUGUACGACCUCGCGCGCGCCGGCGCCUGCGUCGCCAACUGGUGCGUCGCCGGCGCCGGCGCCGCCGCUGGGCGGGGGGUCGGCGGGGCGGGGAUCCUGCAGGUGGCGUGGUCGCCGUGCGGGAGGUACCUGGUCGUCAACGAGAGGAAGUCGUCAGGCAUGCUGGUGUACGACGUGCGGGUCACGGGCAAGCUGCUGGGGUGGCUCGCGGGGCGGGAUGCGGACACGCACCAGCGCAUGACCUGCGACGUGUUCCCGGGCUCAGACGACCGGGGCGGCUUCGAGGUCUGGGCCGGCGGCAGGGAUGGGACUGUCAUGGUGUGGGAAGGAGUCGGGAAUGAGGAGGGCUACGCUCGGAGCGCGUGGGACUGGCAGGCCCAUGGGUCCGCCGUCGGGAGCACGGCGAUGCACAUGAGCGGCUCCGUUAUGGCGACCUGUUCGGGGUCAUGGAAGAUCUCGGGGGAAGAGAGUCAGAGCGACGAUAGCGACGACAGUGACGACAGCAACGGAUAUAGUGGCAAUGCCUCCUCCCACGGCGAGGACCGGGACUACCGACUAAAGCCUGGGGUCGAGGUCCAGGAUGGCUCCUUGAAGAUCUGGAGCAUUGGAGCCGCUACAUCAGAAGAAGUAGACAUUGAGCCGAAUUGGCCAGAGUCAGGAAUGUGAUUACAGCACUGCAGCGAGGUCGGAACCAAAGUCGAUAAGGUAAAUAGAUCUCACCAGUGAGCACCUCGGAUGUAUGCGAUAUGCGAUUCACAGACACUUAUGAGUGAGUU